CAUUAGCAUGUGUGACAUCACGAGUCCGGAAUAAAUAAGAGCGUGCUCGACCCAAGGUUUAGGACCACUCUGUCUCGGGACUGGCCUCUUGUGUUCUUUCCUCUCCUGCAUCUCCAACUCUCCAACAUGACCGAGUUUACAGCGGAUCAAAUUGAGGACUUCAAGGAGGCCUUCGGUCUCUUUGACAGAAUUGGUGACAGCCAGGUGGCCUACAACCAGGUGGCCGACAUUAUGCGUGCUCUGGGCCAGAACCCCACCAACAAGGACGUCGUCCAUAUCCUGGGCAACCCCACCGCAGAUGACAUGGCCAACAAGAGGCUCAACUUUGACACCUUCCUGCCCAUGCUGAAACAGGUGGAUACUCUGGCCAAGGGUACCUACGACGACUACGUUGAGGGUCUGCGCGUCUUCGACAAGGAGGGCAACGGCACCGUCAUGGGUGCUGAGCUGCGCAUUGUGCUGUCCACCCUGGGAGAGAAGAUGAGUGAGCCCGAGAUUGAUGCCCUCAUGACCGGCCAGGAGGAUGAGAAUGGCAGUGUGCACUAUGAGGCUUUUGUCAAGCACAUCAUGUCCGUGUAAGCAGGCCGCAGCAGGAGCGUGUUCAGGACAUCGGACACUGUUUGGAAGACCAACAAGAAAAGACAAGGACUUUGUUCAAGGGAUGUUGAAGCGAACCCAACUUGUUUAUUUUGUUUUCCUUUCCGUUUCAACCCUCCUUUCUCGGGACAUCCCCUUUCCAUUGUAGACCACAUCACUCACCUCCCACCGGGGGCGUGUCUCCACUCGCUACAUGAGGUGAGGAAACGGGGGAGCAGUGGUGACCGCUCAUCAAGUGAGGGCCGAACCCUCCCCUUCCCACCGCCACCUCAUUCGGUCGAGCCAUCACUGGCCCAGCAGCGCCAAAGGUCCUGGAGAAUGGCAGUGGACUGACCGCCAAAGACUCCCACCUCCCUGAAGACUGUUAUUUAUAUUCACUCUGUUCACUGCAGAAUAAACCUUUCCAAAGUACAACCCCAAUUCCAAUGAAGUUGGGACGUUGUGUUAAACAUAAAUAAAAACAGAAUACAAUGAUUUGCAAA